CUGGGAUUCUGUUCAACAUAGUGAGAGUCCUGUCCGUGACUCUGGUAGUGAAGGAGGAAGUCCCCUUACAUCACACACCAACAAGGAUCCUGGGGCUCAAUCGGGGUCGACAGAGUCUCUGGGCCCUGACCAAAGACAUGAGAAGGACAUCACUCAAACACCUGGGAUGAACAUUCAUAUUGAACAAGAGGAGGAUGAGGAAGAAGAAGAAGAGGAGGAGGAAGAAGAAGAGGACGAAGAAGAGUGGGAAGAGGAAGAAGAGGGUGAAGAUGAAGAAGAGGAGGAGGAAGGGGAGGAAGAGGAAGUUGGUGAUCUGUUGAAUUCUGUAGUAGAACAAGCUUCCUGGGAUACUCCUCAUCUUGGAAUGAGUCCUAAUUCCUGCCACGGUAGUGAGGGAACUACCUCAACACCAGAAGCGGUGGAACGACAACACCGGGAGAAAGAGAAGACACGGGCGACCAAACGGAAGAAGAGUCCAGAACAAAAGCAACCGAAGAGAAAAGAGAAACCGAAGAAGGAAAAGAAUCCGAAGCAGAAGAAAGCUAAGAUGACCCACCGCUGCUUUAAAUGUGGAGAGGGAUUCUCCCGCGUCUACGACAUGCUCUUACACCAGACCAUUCAUAUAGAUGGAACGACCAUGUUCAAAACCAAGAAGGUUCACCGCUGCUCAACGUGUGGAUACGAAGCAUCCGAUGCACAUAAACUGAUGAUGCACGAGCGGAUACACACGGGAGAGAAGCCUUUCCAGUGCUCUGUGUGCGGGAAGAGAUUCGCUCAGAAAGGAAAUCUGAAAAUACACCAGAGUGUGCACAAAGGAGAAGUCAGGAAUCCCAGUUUCUGGCCUGACAUUGUGGAGAGGCUUCCUACAAUAGGUGUCCCAGAUCAAUACCAUGACAACCACACAGCUAAGCCAAUAGGAGUUCUGGACCAAUACCAUGACAACCACACAGCUAAGCCAAUAGGAGUUCUGGACCAAUACCAUGACAACCACACCGCUAAGCCAAUAGGAGUCCUGGACCAAUACCAUGACAACCGCACAGCUAAACCAAUAGGAGUCCCUGACCAAUACCAUGACAACCACACAGCUAAGCCAAUAGGAGAGGAAUGCCAAACUCCAUCAACUCUACAGAUACACAUGAGAACUCACACUGUAGAGAACCAGUCGAAACCGCAGUGCCCUCUCUGCGGGGCAGUGUUCUCUCAGAAAGGCCUUCUGGAUGAUCACCUGAUGAUCGCCCACUCCCAUGAGAAACCAGAGAAACCUUACCCCUGUCCAGACUGUGGGAAGAGAUUCUCCAGCAAGAGUUACAUCAGGAUCCACCGGAAGAUCCACAGUGGGAAGAUCUCUUACCGCUGCGCCCAGUGUGAUAAGACUUUCCUGUCAGCGGAGGGGCUCAAGAAGCACGAGAGCGCUCACCGAGGAGAGAGACCGUACCGAUGCCCUGCGUGUGGCAAGUGUUUCAAACAACAAUCCCAGCUGACCUGUCACUUCAAGAUCCACACCGGAGAGAGGAGCCAUCUCUGCUUCCUGUGUGGGAAGAGUUUCGCCAGAGAGUUUGACCUCCGGGUGCAUCUCAGAGUCCACUCUGGAGAGAAGCCCUACCAGUGCCACGAGUGUGGCAAGAGCUACAGGUACAGAGCAGGCAUCCGGUCACACAUGCAGCAGAUGCACCCUGGGAAGCCUAUAGUGGAACCAACCCCACCCAUCCCCACAGGCCCUCGCUACGGCAGUGGAGGAAGGGGUCCUCCUACAUCCCUCAUCAGAAAGGAUCCUGGUGACCAAUCCAGUUCAGGGUUUGCAGUCCAGUCAAACACCUCGGUUGAAGCCAAGACCGGUGGCGGUGGUCCCUCUGCAUCAGGACCACAGACAAAACACCGGAAGAAACAACCGGUCAAACGGAAGACCAGCGUCCAAGAAGGCAACCAGAAGCGACCGAAAGCCAAGAGGUUUAACAACCGUCGCUGCUUUAAAUGUGGAGAGGGAUUCCCCCGGGAAUAUGAGCUGUUGCUACACCUGCAGACACAUCUGGAUUACAACUGCUACGUGUGUGGAACGCCGUUCGACAACCAAGAGCUGCUGCGGAGACAUCAGGAGCAGCACGCCGAGGAGAGUCUGGGUGUGUUCUCUGGUGAGGCAGCAGGUCCAACCACAGGACAGCGGCGGGGGAGAGGGAAGAGGACUCACCGAUGUCAGACCUGUGGCAAAGAACUAUCCGACGCGUCCAAGCUGAAGUUGCACGUGAGAAUCCACACCGGGGAGAAACCGUACUGCUGCUCCCUGUGCGGAAAGGGUUUCACUCAGCCAGGGAACCUGAAAACACACAUGAAAACACACAGAGACGGGACCCCCAGUUUGUUGUCUGCUGGUGGGUUAGGUCCCUCUACAUCAAGAGGUCCUGAACACCACCAGGAGAAUCACACCGUCGUCGCAUCAGCAGCUCAGGAGAACGUCAACUGUCCAGAUCUACCGCCAGCGCAGAAACACAUGACGUCUCAGGACAGCGGAGAGAAGGCCUCUUUCUUCUGCUCGCUGUGUGGGGAGCAGUUCUCUGAGAAGGCACCGUUGGAAGAACACCGAUUGGCUCACAACAACAAGAAGCCUUUCCCCUGCCCCGACUGUGGCAAGAGGUUCCGCAGUAAUUACUACGUUAAGAUCCACAUGCGAAUGCACACCGGGGAGAGGCCUUACCAAUGCACCGAGUGUGGGAAGGGCUUCAUCACAGAAGAAGGGCUGAAGAAGCACGAGAGCGCUCACCGGGGAGAGAGACCCCACCUCUGCCCCGAGUGCGGAAAGAGAUUCAAGCAACAGUCCCAACUUACAUGUCACUUCCGUAUGCACACCGGACAGAAGAGCCACCUCUGCUCCGUCUGUGGGAAGAGUUACUUCAGAGAAUUUGACCUCAAGGUUCACCUCAGAGUCCACACGGGAGAGAAGCCCCAUCAGUGUGAGGAGUGCGGGAAGAGUUUCUACUAUCUACAGGGGCUCCGGCAGCACCAGAGGACCCACGCUCCCAAGCCCAUCGGACCGACCCGCCAGCUAGGCAGGCCUAAGCAGUCGUCCAGCGCGGACAUACCGAACCAAUCACCCAGGACGGGAAGGCCCAGGCCAGCUCCUAGAGUAGAGAGACCCAUGCCUCUACCCAGGGUAGAGAGACCCAUGCCUCUAGGCCUACCUAGAGUUGAGAGUGAUCUGGAGAGACCCAUGCCUCUAGGCCUACCUAGAGUUGAGAGUGAUCUGGAGAGACCCAUGCCUCUAGGCCUACCUAGAGUUGAGAGUGAUCUGGACAGACCCAUGCCUCUAGGCCUACCUAGAGUUGAGAGUGAUCUGGAGAGACCUCACUGGCAGUACUGGCACCUUUAAAUGGGAAAUCUUCCAUUUUCAACGCCGAUACAAUUAUUGGAGGACCAAAACAAGCCGAUACCGAUUAAUCUGACGAUUUUUAUAUAUAUGAGUGUGGUAAUAUUUGUAAUAAUGACAAUUACAACAAUGCUGAAUGAACACUUAUUUUAACUUAAUAUAAUACAUAAAUAAAAUCUAUUUAGUCUCAAAUAAAUAAUGAAACGUGUUCAAUUUGGAUUAAAUAAUGCAAAAACACUGUGUUGGAGGAGAAAGUAAAAGUGCAAUAUGUGCCGUGUAAAAAACUUAACGUUUAAGUUCCUUGCUCAGAACAUGAGAACACAUGAAAGCUGGGAGGUUCAACAUUCCCAGUUAAGAAGUUUUAGGUUGUAGUUAUUAUAGGAAUUAUGACAUGUCGACUAUUUCCCUCUAUACCAUUUGUAUUUCAUAUACCUUUGACUAUUGGAUGUUCUAAUAGGCACUUUAGUAUUGCCAGCCUAAUCUCAGGAGUUGAUAGGCUUGAAGUUAUAAACAGCGCUGUGCUUCAAACAUUGCUAAGAGCUGCUGGCAAACGCAGUAAAGUUUGAAUGUUUACGAGCCUGCUGCUGCCUACCACCGCUCAGUCAGACUGCUCUAUCAAAUAUCAAAUCAUAGACUUAAUUAUAAUAUAAUAAACACAGAAAUACGAGCCUUUGGUCAUCAA